AUAGGAGCUACAAGUUGUCAAGUUGUAUGACCUUUUGAAGAGCACAUUUUCAUAUAUCUUCUGAAAUGAAGAGCCAUUUCUCGGCAAGAGAGAGAAGAGACCUCAGCAGAGAGAUGAACAAAGGAAUCAGGAACAGGAGGAUAGUCUGAGGAGGGGAAGUAUGAGGACAAACAUAGUGAACUUGAACGCAGCACUAUAGAAGCAAAGAUGGAGAUGAUGGGGACAUUAAAAUAAAAAUGAGAAACAAGGUUAAACAAAAGGAGAAGGAAUUGGCAACAGAAGCCCAGAAGAUGGACGAUGAGCAGAAACAUGGACAACUGGAGGGAAGAAAAGAGGGAAAGGGAAAGAAUAGCAAGGAGGUUGAAGAGGACAGGGAACCGUGUCUGAGGGACAAUCAGAUUCAAUUGAGGAACCAAAAAGAGAUCCUGGGUUUCCAAAAAUGGCAGAUGAAGGGGAACCAAACAGUGAUAGAAAAGGGGAGUUUACACAUGGAGAAAAUGGAGAAAGCAAAUAGGCAGAUGGAGGUAGAGGAGAGAAAAGAAGUAGGGCAAAGAUGGGUGGUGGAAGAAGCAAAGAGAAACGGAGAUAAAGCACUACAGGCAGAGAGCGGAAAUCAUGAAAUGCAAUGUCAAAUUGAUGAAAACCAAAGCGGGGGGCAAAAACACAUAGAGGCCCACAGAAAGAAUAAAGAAAGGCAAAGACAAAUGCGUGAAGAAGAGCCAGAGGUUGAAAGACAAGUAGGCCAAGAGAGAAAAGAGAAGGCAGAAAAUACAGUGCAACAAGUACACAUGGAAGUCGUCCGACAUGAGAGAAAGAAAGAAGCAGAGGGAUCAAAGGAAAAAUGGAUACCUAUUGAGAUAGUUGAAAAAGGAGCUGAUCAGAUGUAUUCACAGAGACAGAAAGAAGUGAAAAAGGUCAGUUGUCCUAACAAUAUAGAAAGACUUGAGACAGAGAUGGAUAGAGGAGGUAAACGGCCUGAGAGGCAUGGACAUAAAGAAAAGAUGCCAAAGCCUGAUCAGGUCUGCUGCAAGGCACAAGACGCAGGGACUGUUAAGACAAAAGAUGAACAAAAACAAGAGCUGGGACAUCAGAGCAAAAAGGAAGCAAGGAGACUUGCAGAAAUGUACAAUGUAGAUGGAGGGAAGCUGCCACCAGCUGGGCUAAAGCGCACAGAGAGCCCUCCUGGUGCUGGCCAUGCUGGGGAACCUCCAGGAUAUAUCUGCGAAUGUUGCAAGCUUAAGGAAGAGCUGCAAAUCAAAAGAGCUGUUGAAAGUCAGCAACAACUGGAGAAGAAAUGGGAAGAGGCGACCAGGAAGAAGAAUGAGGAGAGAGGCCUAGAGCCAGGUGAAGUUGACACACCAGAUGAAUCGCAAACUCAGGAUGGCGAUGACGGUGGUCCAGGUGCUGACAAUGCUGGGGAACCUCACAAGUCAAAAUGGCAAAUAAGCUUACUUGUGGAGAAAAGGCAAGAUGCUUUGAGAAAUACAGAGAGGCAGAUAAAAGCACUAGAAGGUUGGAAGGAGGAGCUUAAAAGUACAGAAGAGAAGGAGAAGAAUGAUGAGGAGGAGAAAUACUGGAGUAGACUUCCAGGAUAUAUCUGCAAAGGAUGCAAGGAAGAGCUGCAAAUCAAAAGAGCAGUCAAAAGACGGCUAGAACUGGAGAAGAAGAAAAGGGAAGAGGCAACCAGGAAGAAUGAGGAGAGAGUUGACACAUCAGAUGAAUCGCAAUCUCAGGAUGGCGAUGAUGGUGGUCCAGUGGGCAGAGACAGAAGGGGUGUCACAAGGAGAUUCCUCACAUGGGCCAAUCAAACAAUGAAAGAGAGACAUGUAAGGAAAAUGCAACGGUCUUUUGAAAGGGAAGAGAUUGAGGUUGAUGAACCUUACUGUCAUGUUUGGACGGGAAGGUACAUGAGCCGGACCAAGCGAGAGCAGAACAAGCGCAAAGCACUACUAAGAGCAGAGGCGUUGCGCCAAAAUCUGGAAUCAGCCUUGCUUAAAUGGGAAAAAAGGAAAGCAUGAGAGAAAAGAAGAAAAGAGACGGACCAAAAGCAAAGCCCAACUCCAGCCCAACUCACAGAAGAAUGUGGUAGCAAAUACUAAUAUCCUGGAUCGCCAUGGUAAUCAGAUGUAUUCCUCCAAGGAGAGAUACCUG